AUGGCUUCUCCAGCACUCCGAAUUUUCGCCCUAGGGCUUGUGACUGGUUAUGCCAUCAAAACUGUCGUUCCGCUCAUUACUAAAAAAUCGAAAAAGGCAAAAAAGCCCGUCGCUCCGACCGAAGAUGAGCUCUCUGAGUCCGAGUACGAAUCUGAAUCUGAUCCAGAAAACGACAUCGACUCUUCGGAAUUGAAUAACUUGCCUGGAGAGGUCCGCAUGACUUUGGUGGUUCGCCAGGACCUCAAGAUGGGUAAAGGAAAAGCUGCUGCGCAAUGUUCUCAUGCCACUUUGGCGUUGUACAAAAAGAUGUCUAACCCAGAAUCAAAAGCUUUUAAUCCAGAGAUGCUUCGGCGCUGGGAAUACGGCAAUGGCCAAGCUAAAAUCACCUUGCAGGUUCCAAACCAGGAGGAGAUGGAUCUCUUGUUUGCAACGGCCAUGUCUUUGGGGGUCAAUGCAUACAUAGUCCAUGAUGCUGGAAGAACCCAAAUCGCCGCCGGCAGCGCUACGGUUCUUGGACUUGGCCCAGCUCCCAAAUCCGUCAUGGACCAGAUCACCUCUCUGCUUAAAUUGUACUAA